AGCGCUGCGAAGCCCUUCGCAACUCUUUCAAGGGAGAGUCCAUAUUUCUGUGUGCAACUAAAAUAGUCUGAGAUAGAGAGAGGGUGAGGGUUUCACAAAGAGAGUGAAGCUUCUUCGCUAAGCCUAGCAAUGACGACUCGAAUAGCUCCCGGAGUUGGAGCCAAUUUGCUGGGUCAACACUCUGCCGAGAGAAACCAGGACGCCACUGCUUAUGUCGGCAAUCUCGACCCUCAGGUGUCGGAGGAGUUACUUUGGGAGUUGUUUGUUCAAGCAGGCCCUGUUGUGAAUGUUUAUGUUCCCAAGGAUAGAGUGACAAACUUGCAUCAAGGAUAUGGAUUCGUGGAGUUCCGAAGUGAAGAAGAUGCUGACUAUGCAAUCAAGGUGCUAAACAUGAUUAAACUUUAUGGAAAGCCAAUACGUGUGAAUAAGGCAUCCCAAGAUAAAAAAAGCUUGGAUGUUGGAGCAAACCUUUUCAUUGGGAAUCUUGACCCUGAUGUGGAUGAGAAGCUUCUAUAUGAUACUUUCAGUGCAUUUGGAGUCAUUGUUACAAAUCCUAAGAUCAUGAGAGACCCCGAGUCAGGAAAUUCACGUGGUUUUGGGUUCAUUAGCUAUGACUCUUUUGAGGCAUCUGAUGCAGCUAUUGAGGCAAUGAAUGGCCAAUAUCUUUGCAACCGUCAAAUUACAGUGUCAUAUGCAUAUAAGAAGGAUACUAAAGGGGAGCGUCAUGGUACUCCAGCAGAGAGAGUUUUGGCUGCGAGCAAUCCUACUGCCCAAAAGAGCAGGCCUCACACUUUAUUUGCUAGUGGGCCUCCAACACUUUCAAAUGUUCCUCAGUCCAAUGGAACCAUGCCUCCACGCCCCUUUGCAAAUGGCACUGUUGCUCCAGGCCCAAUUCCUGCAUUCCGACCACCACCACCACCUCAAGGUGCAGCAUUCCCACCUAUGCCAGUAGCUGGACAGCCACCUUGGCAGGUUCAGCCACAGCAACCAGGUCAGACAAUCCCACCACCUAUGAUGCAUCAAGUCCAGCAGUUCAGGCCAGCUCCCCCGAAUAUGCCACCACCCCCUCCACAGGCAGGUCAAGCUCCUCCAAGGCCUCUCCCACCACCAAUGGGAAUGGGAGGCCAACCACCUAUGUGGCGUCCACCACCACCUCCACCCCUACAGCAGCAGCCUGGUAGGCCCCUAAUGCCACAGUCAUCAAUGCCUCCGCCUCCCCCUCCGAAUAACCCCAAUAACCCUCCAAUGCCUUCAUCUUAAGUUGAAAGCUUGAGAUUAUUCUGCAAGGCUCUGUUACUCCAUAUAAGGUCUUGGAUAUUUCUUGCUCAAUUUAUUUGUUCUGAAUUAGGAGAAUGCAGAUUGUAAUAUGUACCACACUAAUUAACAAAACAAGCUAUAAUUUUGACUAGAAAGGAUAUUUAUUUUUGGAAUAUA